GUCCAACUGCAACGAAGUGAUGAUGACGAUGACGAUGGGGAUUAUUCACCACGUGCGCUGAAUGGAGGUGGUUCACUGGAAAGCACACAUUCGUUUCUCUCGCCAGUUCUACCCCCAAAAAAUAAUGGUACCAAAGGGUUCGGGGCUGUGAGUUGUUCACCGUCUGAAAUGCUUCGGCCACACAGUUCAGCGAUCGGCUCAUCAGAAGAACAUUUGGAAAGUGUGCAUACCGAAAUUUUUCAUGCGAGCCCGGUGCAAACUCAUUUUUUACCGGCAAGUCUUUUCACAAAUGCGAGUGCUUCCGGCUGCCAGCAUCCGACGUCAUCUACACCACGUGUAGCAGCAGUGGGUGGCGGUGUUGUUCGACGACGUUCCUGGCGUACCCAUUAUGUGCGACCGAAUCGAACUGCUGAAUUGAUUCGGAGGGAAAGGGAUAACGAGGAUGUAGUUGGUUAUACGAAUAGGUCGAUACCGAUGUGUCGCCGUAGUAUACCAGUGAUCAUCGCGUCAACGCACAGUAGAAGCUUGACAAGUCCGGGAAAAUCGCGAACAAUUGAAUCACCUCCGCUGGAGCACCGAUCCGAAACUGCUAGCUGUGGUAGCGGCGCCAAAAUCACUUCACAUUCAAGAAUUGUGCACUUCUAG